UCAAAAGAAAGGAAAUAUCUUCUGCUCUAAUAUUUUUCCAGCUCUUAUUCCCUCCACGAACAAGCAUACUAGCUUCUACUUCAUUUUUCUAUUAGCCAAUCUAGACUCAUGGGAUAUUUGUUUCAUACGUAUACUUGUGUUGAAACAAAAAAAAAAGAAGAAGAGAAAUAUCCUAGCCGUUGUUUUCUCUCUCCUCCGAUUUUUUUCAUCUGCCGCUGUUCCCUCGUUCUCCUUAUCCAGUGGUUGCCGCUCAAGCCUAUGGAAGAAAAAAAUCUCCAGUCGUGAAUCUCCAGCGUGCUCUGGAUUCAGCCAUGGAGCUUAUCUCUCACCGCCGAUUCCUGAUAUUUCGUCGCCAUCGCGUACAGCCUGGAGCUUUAUCCGGUGGCCAAGCCUUUAUCAUCUCCCUGCUCUCUUCGUUCUUCUUCCUCCCCGUACGCACCUCUCUCUCCUUCAGCUCCCUGCGCGCCGCGUGAGCUCGCCGUGCCGGAGCUCCACUGCAUCGCCCCAGCUCCCUCUGCUUCCCAGCUCGGCCGCUCCUCCCUGCUGCACAUCGCGUCCGGCCGAGCUCGCCUCCGACCUCUGCUUGUCCUGCUGCUGCUCGCCCAUGGCAGCCGAUUCCUCUAUGCGCGCGCUCCCUGUUUCCCCGUCCAAAGCUCUAUGGUGUCCGGCUCCUUGCGCGCCCUGCCGAGCGCCCUCCCGGCUUCCUGCUCGCCGAGCUCGGCUUCGAGUUCCUAUCUCCCAUGCCGCGGCACUCCACUGUGCGCUGCUCGCCGAGCUCGCCCUGCGCUCGGAUUCCACCUUCCUGCGUGCGUGCCUGUAUGUGCGCGCCGUGCUCCUACUGCGCGUAGCUGUGUCUACUCCUUCCUCGCCUUAGUCCCUGCGCGCGUCGAGCUUUCGUGUCGAGCUCUCGCGCCGUCGAAUCGUCUGCUUGCUGUCUGCGCCGUCGAAGUUCCCUCGCCGUGUGCUCUGACAUCGGCUGCUGCCGAUUCCGCCAUAAAGUUCGCGAGCGCUCCUUGCUUGGCUCGUUUCGCCGUGGGCAAUUUUUCCACGUUUCAAAUCUGUGCUACUUGGUCGCGUUUGGUCGUCGAGCUGUUGAACCCGUCAUCUCUGGCUUGAUCCCCACCUCACCAGCUUACCCCAGACUUCAAUAGAAGGUCGUCGUCGUUCGUGCAUCCCAAGAAAACUCAAGAAUCGGGUGAAGACGAAGUUAGCAGCGCGAUUUUCCCCAAGCGCUCGACAAAUUGCCUGGAUCGAAAAAUCAUUACCAACCUCGCGGAUUCGAGUCCAAUAUUGAAAUGGUGAGCUAAUUUGCUAUUUUAUUGACUGGUUUGAUGGAUGAAUUGAUAGGUGUGUACGUCGCGAUGAAUAUCCUGCUUGUAGCUAAGCACGUAUUUAUAUAACGCUUGUAGGAAUACGGGGCUACAGGUAGCAUGGCAAUUGUGUCCACGAUUGCGAAGUCGUCGUGCUGCGUAGCUAAGUUUAGCAUUAACGACAUAGGUUAUGUGAGAAGAUUAAAUUGGUGAUUCGUAUCCGAUGAAUGAUCAAAUUAAUAAUGGGAGGGUUAGGUUUAAAUAUUUAUUAUGCGAGGAAUAUAUAGAUAAACCUAUGUGAGGUAUGAUGAGUUAGUAACGCGAAAGUAGGUUAAAUUAUAUGAUUAAGUCAAUGAUAUUCCCUUUUAGUAGUUAUAUUUCUUGGUUAAUAGCUAAUUAAAUGGCAUGGUUGGAUAGUACCCGUUUCAUCGAGUAUUAAUAGCGAGAUCUCGUGUGAUGCUCGCUAGGUGCUUGGCAAAAUAUCUGAGAUACGAAACCCUCACUGACUUGGUCGUUCUUGCUGAUAUCAAGACCGAUUCAGUUAUAGUGAGUUAUUUCCCUAUUUCAGUUAAUUAGUUUAACUAGUGGACCGAAUAGAAUAUAAGUAGGCUUGUGUGAUGAAAUGUCAUAAUUGCUUGUAAUGGUGUGAUUCGAUUAUUACUCUACCUGCUAAGUCAUAAAAUAAUGUGAUCCCGAUAUCUAGUAUUUUCAUACUAGAUUUGCGAUGUCUUACUAUAGGGGUU